GCGUGUUGCUGAACAACAUAAGUCUGAUAAUUCAUUAAUCAUGGCAUCUGUGGAGGAGGACUUCCCUCGAGGAGGAACCACAAAGAAGCCCACUGAGAGUAAAAUAGUGGUGCAGCGGACAGAGGUGGACAACUUGUUCCAGUCAAAUGAACAAACAGAAACCAAGAAAAGAAAGGGAGCAUCCAAAGAUGAAGGGAAGAAACUCAAGAAGCCAAAGACAGAAAAAGAAAAAGAUAAUGGUCUGACCCUGAAUGCUGCCGCAAAAACGGUGGAAAUUCUCCACAACAAGAAUGUGAAGGAGGGCAUGCUGAUGCUUGGCUGUGUGAAGGACGUAACAGACUUCGAGGUGACGGUCGGCCUUCCUUGUUGCCUGCAAGGCCACCUCAGCAUCAGGAACAUCUGUGACUCUUACGCCAAGCUGCUCACUGAACAACUGGAUUCAGCUGACACAGAGGACAUCUGCUCUCUGCCUCACCUCUUCUACCCUGGCAUGCUGCUCAGGUGUGUGGUUCACAAGUUGGAUAUCGCCAGAGGAGGCUCUCCCAGCAUCCAGCUGUCAAUCAAUCCAAAGCUGGUCAACAAAGCGUUAACUUCCAGCUCUCUGAAAGCCGGAAUGGUCUUGAGUGGAUGUGUGGAGAGUGUGGAGGAUCACGGCUACAUAGUUGACAUUGGCAUCAGUGGAACCAAAGCCUUCCUACCUAAGACAACUGUGAAAGAUGUACUCGACAAUUCAGGCGAACUCAGAGUGGGUCAGUAUGUGACUUGUCAAGUGGAGGAGGUGAAGAACGAUGGUCGCGUGGUCCGCCUCUCUGUCAGCCCCCCGACCGUCGCCCAGGCCUGGGCUGAAUCUGCACAGGGCUGGAACCUCACCAACCUUCUGCCUGGACUUCUGGUCAAAGCUACGAUCAAAAAGGUGACCACACAUGGUCUGCUCUUGGACUUCCUGUCCUCCUUCUGUGGCCAGGUGGACUUCCUCCACAUGGAGCCGGACCAAAAAUCAGUCUACACCAAGGGAUCUGAGGUGCGAGCCCGUGUGCUGUAUGUGGAGUCGUCCACCCGUCUGGUGGGUCUCAGCCUGCGCGGUUACCUGGUUCAGCCUGGGACCAGAAUUGAAACCUGUCCUGUUGUAGGCGACCGCAUCGGUGAAGUGGUGAAGGACUGCAAGAUGAGCAGCAUGCACCACAUGUCUGGAGCCAUGUUGGAGUUACCGGACAAGACGGCGGUCUUUGUACAUAGGAGCCACCUGAAGGAGGCGAAUGCCCCAGCUAAUGAUAACAGAGUCAUGGCCGAAUAUGAGCACACCUGCAGGAUCCUGGACUACAGCCCCAUGGACCAAAUUCAUUUCGCUACUCUGCGAAAGAGUGUGAUCGCCAGGCGUUUCUUUAGAUACCAGGACCUGCAGGCCGGUCAGAUUGUAGAGGGGACCGUGUCAGUCCUGCUCAGUCAUGGCAUGGUGGUGCAUCUGUCUGACCACAUCAAGGGCCUCGUGCCUCGGACCCACCUGUCCGACAUCAUCCUCAAGAACCCGGAGAAGAAGUACUGCGAGGGAAUGAAGGUCAAAUGUCGGGUGUUGUCGGUGGACGCGGAGAGUAAGACGCUGUACCUGACCAGAAAGAAGGCCCUGGUCGAAAGCUCCCUGCCGCUGUUCCUCAGCUACGCAGACACCCGCCCCGGCCGCGUUUCUCACGGCUACAUCGUCACCAUGAAAGAAUUUGGCUGCAUCGUUCGUUUCUACAACGACGUCAAGGGUCUGGUGCCGCUCAGCGAGCUCAGCUCUGAGCCCAUCAUCAGUCCUGAGGAGGUCUUCUACGGGGGCCAGGUAUUAAAGGCUAAAGUUCUUCAGUGUGACCCCGAUAAGGCGAAGAUGAUUCUGUCGUUCAAGGCUGCGGCGGAGGUAGACAUGCCCCAGGUUGACUGUGAAGUUGGGCAGAAGUUGGAGGCCAGGGUGUUGAAAAAGUUGGUCAACGGUCUGGAGGUGGCGAUCCUCCCUGGUGAGAACCGUGCCGUGUUACCCACAAUGCACCUUUCUGAUCACAUUUCCAACUGUCCUCUGCUGUGGGAGAGCGCGAAGGAGGGAGACGACAUCUCCGACCUCAUCUGCUGCAACAAGAACAAGCAGAAUAUUACCAUCACCAAGAAACCAGCAGUGAGAUGGACUCUGGAGGAAGGAGUGGUUGCCAAGGAUUUCUCUGAAAUCACAGUUGGGAUGCAGCUGAUUGGGUGGAUCAAGAACAUGAUGUCCUAUGGCGUCUUUGUAGAGUUCCCGUACGGCCUCAUUGGUCUUGCACCCAAGUCGGCUAUGUCCGAUAAGUUCAUCAGUGACACAACAGCAGUCUUCCAGCUGGGCCAGACGGUGGUCGCUAAAGUCACCAACCUGGAUGAGGAAAAGCGGCGGUUCCUUGUGACGCUGAAGAUUACAGAGGUCGCAUUGCCCGAGGGAGACGCCCAAACCAGACUCAUUAAUGGUCUGAAGGAGAGAAGAGCUGUGACUGAAAUGUUAGUCAGCAGAGAUAACAGUGAUCUUCACCAGCAGCUGGCAGCUCUGUCUGUCGGUGAGAAGCUGAAGCUGACUGUAGACACUGUGAAGAACAGUGGGGCCACCUUGAAGUCAGAUGAUAUGGCUGGUGCUACCAUAAUGGCCUCAAAGCACCACGUCAUGGAUGUUAAUCUGACCCCAGGACAGAAAGUUACGGGAGUCGUCCUCCAUGUUAACAUGCUGACCUCAUGUGUCCACGUGUCCAUGCUUUCCAAGCUGGUGGGAAAGAAGAAAUCUUUAACUGAAGGAUCGAAGUACACAGCCAUGAUGGAGUACAUUGACCAAGACUUUGCCGUCAUCUCAUUGGACGAUACCGCACAGCUGACUUUGAUUCAUGCCAGCAACCACCUGAACGAGAUAUUUCGGUCUGAGUCGGAGAAGCUGACGGUGGGGAUGAGUGUGGCCGUUGAGGUCGUAGAACCAAGCUGCAAAGAACUGCAGGGGCUCCCUCUAGUGGCGUGGGAGCGCAAUAAUCCAGAUAGACGUCGCUCAACCUCAGAGAACCAGACAGGGUCUAAGGGUCACAGGUUUGGUGACAUCGUGCAGUGCAAAGUGAAGACUGUGAGGCCUACCUCCAUUCAGGUCACACUCGACGAUGGGAGCACAGGAAGUGUGCAUGUGUCAGAAGUUUCAGAGGUUUCGAAAGUGUGUGCAGGAUCCUUCCCCACGUCCUCAGUCAAAGUUGGCAGCGAGCUCACCGCCAGGGUCAUCGGAGGACGAGAGGCCUCCAGGCACAGAUUCUUACCCUUCUCCCAUCCCAAAUUCAUAUACACCGUCCCUGAGCUCACUCUUAUCCCAAGCAAACUCGACCAGAAUACCGAUAUCAAUCCAGUCACAGCUGAAGACAAACUAAAGAGCUUAGAAGUUGGGGCAGAAAUCCCAUGCUUUGUAUCAAAGUUUCUCCUGGAGAAGAAGUCUUUGGAGGUCGCCAUUGAUCCUUGUGUUACUGGGACAGUUGAACUGCUGGCCAUGAUCACUGAUCCAAAGGAUGCGAGCCACCCAGAGAAGUUGCACAAGCUGGGCAGCGCCGUGUACGCCAAAGUGGUCGAAGCAAGCUCCAACCCUCAACGCCUCGUGCUGUCACUCACAGGAGUCCAUAAACUGGAGAAAGGCAGUGUGACUUUGGGGAUGGUGACAAAUAUUCAGCCACAUGUUGGCCUUCAUGUCAAGCUUCCCUUUGGUGGCACGGGCACCGUCUCUGUCACUGACCUGGCUGAUACGUACAGGCCCAACCCUCUGGGCAACUACAGCAAGGAUCAGCUGCUCAGGGUUUGCCUUCUCGCAAGUGAAGACGGCAAGUGGCAGUUGUCUCUACGUCCGUCAAGGCUCAACACACAGCAGACCAAGCCGGGGAAGGACCUGGAGGUUUUGUCAGUAGACAGUCUGAAGAAAGGUCAGAUCAUCCGAGGCUACGUCAAGUCUGUGGGAGAGCAGGGGGUCUUCAUCAGAUUGUCGAGAAGCAUCACAGGAAGAGCCCGACUUCAGCAGUCAACCAAUUACUUUGUCAGAAACCACAAAGUCCUCUGUGAUCACCUUAGUGUCAACACCCUGCUCACCACCAAGAUCCUCAGUAUUGACAAAGAGGAGGAGUUUGUCGACCUGUCUCUGCUCCCAGCGGACACGGGAAAGUCAGACGUCCUGCCAGAGUCUCUGGGUCUGCCGCUGCGUCUGGUCGGUGGCGAGAAGAAGAAACACGAUACUCUGAAGAAAAAGGCCAAACGCUCAUUGCCUGAGAGCGAACAGAAACAAGCAGAGGCCCCGGUCCCAAAGAAGAAGAGAAAAACCACGAAAGCGAGGGCUGAGGACAGCGACAGUGGAGUGGAGGUUUACUUCAGAGAAGAGGAGGAUAAGGAGGACGGAGAGGAACCCAAAUCCGAUUCUGUAAAACAGGUGACAGAGAGCUCAUCAGGUCCAUCCAGACUACAGGUGGCGGCAGGUUUCUCCUGGGAUGUGGGUCUAAACUCCCUGAAGCCUGCCUCUGCUGCGCAGGAGGGAGAUUCAAGUGAUGGAGAGGACCAAGAGGGAAGCAGCAAGCCCCAGAAGAAGUCUCGCCAUGAGCUGGAGCAGGAGAAGAAGGCAGCAGAGAAGGCCCUGGUGCAGAGGGAGGUGGAGCUGAUGGAUCCCAGCCUGCGGCCUCAGGAUGCAGCUGCCUUUGAGCGCCUGCUCCUUGCCUCGCCCAACAGCUCCCUGGUUUGGCUUCAGUAUAUGGCUCACCAUCUGCAGGCCACUCAGAUCGAGCAGGCACGAGCGGUGGCCGAGAGGGCCCUCAAAACCAUCUCCUUCAGGGAGGAGCAGGAGAAGCUGAACGUGUGGGUUGCCCUGUUGAACCUGGAGAACAUGUACGGCACAGAGGAGAGCCUGAAGAAAGUGUUUGAGAGGGCGCUGCAGUUCUGUGAGCCCAUGCCCGUCUACCAGCAGCUGGCAGACAUCUACGCCAAGUCCCACAAGAUGAAGGAGGCGGAGGGUCUGUAUAAGACGAUGGUGAAACGUUUCCGUCAGAAUAAGGCAGUGUGGCUGAGCUACGGGACCUUCCUUCUGCAGCAGGGUCAGAGUGACGCUGCCAGUACUCUCCUGCAGAGGGCGCUGAAGAGUCUGCCUUCCAAAGAAAGUGUGGAUGUGAUUGGAAAGUUCGCUCAGCUGGAGUUCCGCUAUGGUGACGCAGAGAAAGGUCGCACCAUGUUCGACAAAGUCCUGACAAGUUACCCAAAACGUACAGACCUCUGGUCCGUCUUCAUCGACCUCACAGUCAAACAUGGAUCACAGAAGGACGUCAGGGCGCUCUUUGAUCGUGUGAUCCACUUGAGUGUUUCAGUGAAAAAGAUCAAGUUCUUCUUCAAACGCUACCUGGAAUAUGAGAAGAAGCACGGCACCCCGCAGAGCAUCCAGGCAGUCAAAGAAAAGGCCAUGGAGUUUGUGGAGGCUAAAGGAACCGAGGCUGCCAACUAACGACAUCGUGUUGGUGUGUGGACUGCAGUGUGCUGAACUGGAUCUGAGACUUAACUUCUUCUGUAGUAUUUUAUGGCUCAGGCUUCUCCCACAGAUUCCUCCUUAGUCAACUUCUUUAUCUUGUAAUGUAGCUUUUUGUAAUCAAUUUUGACUGGGGAACGGAAAGUCUGGGUUUGAUGCGACCAACAAAACUGUGUAACUUGGGCUGUAAUCCUAUAUGAAUGUUAAAAAAAACAAACGUGAGCUUAGAAUAAUAUGUAUGAUGACUCUACGUAUUUUAAAUGGAUUUAUUAAAUGUUUCUGUAAACUUUUGGGAGGAUUUUCUAAUAAUCUUUAUCAGCCCUUCAAUAAAUCCAAACACCAUUACAAUACA